AUGGCUGAACUCGAUCGUUCACUGCCUCUUCUUCCGCUGGGAUCCGCACCGGGACCCGACAUGAUCCAUGGGGAGACACUGCGGCACCUUGGAAAAUCUGCGAAACACUCUGUCCUAAUGCUCUUCAACACGACCUUAUGCACUGGCAUUGUUUCACAAAGCUGCAAGCACGGACUCAUAAUCCUGCUCCUAAACUGCGAAGAAACUCGACUGACCUAG